ACUUCGACCGCAGUUGGAAAAAGUUAAAUUCAAAAAUGGAAUGUUUCAGUGUUUGACAGUGACAAUGUUUUUCUUUUAUUAACCAAGGAGGGUUCCCUGCGGAGUUAGCAAUCUAAAGUUGGCAGAAGAGCUCGACGAUGACGCGCGCAGUAUGGAGGUGAAGAAACAUGACAAGCCCGGCAGCUUGUCGCCAGUGAGGCCGAAGAGGGACAGCGACGACAAGAGCUCUCGCUCCAGCAGCAAGUCGGAGAAGGAGCUCAAGCUACCCCCAGAAAAGGAGCUCAAACUGCCCCCAGAGAAGUCGCCAAGUGAGGACGGGCGCCGGGAGCGACGCCUAUCACGCGCCAGCGAGAGCUCCAAGGACACUUUUGACAGACAAGACUCCAAAGUCAGUUCACUAACGAGUCCGAAAGUAUCGCGCAAAUACUUCACGAACUGGCGGCAAGCAUGUGACAAGACGAAGGACAAAACGAAAGAGUUGCUGAAGCGUUGGCGAACCCUCCCGGAGGCCGAGGCGGCAGAGGGGCAGAUGCAAGAGGCGGGCAACAGCGACGACAAGAAGAACCACGGCUGGAGCGUCCAUGUUUGGAUGACAAACAUGAGUAAAGAAAGGGCUAAGAAAGAAGAGAAAGCAAAGCAACCCCGUCCCAGCGAGGCGAAAACGAAUACGAAUUCUAAGGCCUCGAUAUCCGACGAGAACACGAAGAGGAAAACCAGGAUGAGUAAUAUUAAGGAGGAGGGGUUUUACAAUUAUAGAAACAUGGUGAUUCGCAAUGUGAAAUCUCAAGCGGAGUCGACCGAGGGCAAAGUCAGCAAGAGAGGGAAGAAACGCGUCAAAAAACCCCGCAAGUAG